GGAAAAACUAACAAGAAACGCAUCGUAGUCUAGUUUGUUUUCACUCUCGCAAAGUAAAGAAGAAUACCAUCGCACGCUGACACGAACGCAUUUUAUUCCAAAAUGUACAUGUCCUUCUUGAAAGAGCUACCGGUCGACUUCAUUGUGGUGCUUGUUUGCACCCUGAUCUCGCUGAAGUUGUUUUAUCUUCCUCAUGAGACGCGAACACCGACCGCUUCGGGGAGCAGCGAACAGGAAAAGACAGCGGCCCUUGCGGUUACCAUUCGAGAGAGCCGGAAGGCGCCAAUCCUCUCCUACGAUGAGGUGCUUGUUCCAAGUGGCGCUUGGCCAUGGAGAAGGCCCGCAUCAAUGGUUAGCACGCGAACAGUUCAAGCUACUAGUCUAGAAUUGGAUCAAUUACAGAAUGAAGAAGUUUCUGACGCACAACGAGGAGAUGAAACUGAAAGGAUAGAAACGACAGAUCGGCAGGUAGAGAUCUCCUACUUAGAGAGUGCGGAAACGGGCAGACGGCUUCCCGACUUCGAUGAGGAGAACGCUUUACACAUUCUAGAGAGACUCUGGACACGCUGUUCGGAAGAAGACCGAACAUCUACAAGACUGCAAAAUGGAAUACAGCGUCCGAAGUUCGUACCGCCAACGCGUGUCACUGGUUCGUGGGCCAAUGAAGUUUGUAUGCGCGAUGCCAUCUUGAAUGAGGUGCGGAAGAUAACAGGGAAAGCGAGUGAUGGCUCAAAAAGUGCUCCAGCUGCAGGGGAUGUCGGAUAUAAUGUGGAAAUCGAGAUUGAGGUAACGUCAAGUGGUCCAGGAAGCUUUCACCUUGAUUUUCUCGAAGGGAUCAUCAACUCCUACGACAAGUUGACGAACAUCGUCGUACGCGUUCCAGCCUCACCAGAUUCAAAAGGUAUUGGUAUUCAUACGGGUUCAGAUGGAAGAUUGCCCGACAACUCCUCGCUUUUGGCGCACUGCGAAGAGCCACGGGCUAUCUUGCUCGGCGCGCAUUUUGACGCAUCCACAGGCUCGCAUGGUGUGGAUGACGCACUAGCAAUGGUGGCGAUGCUUUUGGAAAUGUAUGAUACACACUUCAGAAAGAUGACAAUGAUUCAUAGCAAGUACUAGUACAACAAUACUCCAACAAUAAAUCUUACCCUAUGGAAGAAGUCAGUGUCUAAAACGUCCUCUGUCCAUCAUCAUCUUGUUCUUGAUCUUUAUUCAUCGCUGCUAUCAGUAAGUUCGGCUUUGCCCUCAACCUCAUGAUUCCACUUCAUAUCAGAUUGCGCGUCUUGCACUCGUUCGAUAACCGUGUUGGACUGCAAAGUUUUGACACGAUUUUUCUUUUCAAUGGCGCUGAGGAACCAAUCCUCUCUGCCGCGCACGCAUUUAUUUCGCAGGAUAAGCGUCGAAAAAACAUCUGUGCUUUCCUUAACGUGGAAAGUGCUGGUAGCGGCGGCAGAGAUCUUGUCAACUUUUAUGGCACUAUGAGCCGGUACAACAGUUAUUUCUCGAUGGGCGUAGUAGUAGUUUCACCUUGACUCAGAGUGGUCAAAAUAAUUCCACGAACUCAUUGGGUACUAGAUGCUUUGUUGCAGCUGCUAUCGUCCAAAUCCAAAAUAGCAUUUUGGCCUUUUUCAUGCAAAUGGUGGCGCAGAACGCGGUGGGCAUAGUUGGUUGGCCGAUAGCUACUCGCGAGGGGUACGGUUUCCGAAUGCGAACGGCUUGUGGCAGUUCCUUGCCAAAGAGUCGCGUGCACUUCCUGGGGAGACGGAUUCCCGCAUUUUUCGCGAGUACGGAAUGCUUAAGGGCUCCCAUAUUGCAUCCCCAACUUGCAUCCUUGCUGACCUUCUACCUCUUCCAACCAAGUUGAAAAGAAGAAACCAAAGGAUGUAACAUUGCGAAUAUUGCAAUGCAAUGGGUGCCACCUCUGUCUCUAAAAUUCUUCCUGGCGCGGACUUUUUCAAUGUGGGCAAUGGCUACGUGUAUCAUACGGAUCGUGAUGACCCGCGUCAUGUGUGGAACCAUCGUGGUGAUCUUCAGCGGUACGGCAGCAACGUCCUAGCGCUCUUCCGAGCCAUGACUUGGAAGUUGGACCGUGACAGAAGAAAAGUGCAUGGACGUGAUGGCGAAAUGGUGGAGGCUCAGAAUCUCGAGGACGUUUGGUCGACGUCGCGUCAUACAGAUGUGCUUCACCUGGGUAUGCUUUUUCUCGACGAUGACUCGGCAAGAUUCUGGCACACUGUGAUUCUCGCUGUGGUAGUAGUACAGAUCGCGAUGGCAGUGAAAUUCUUAUCGGAAGACAUAGACAAAGAAUUCACCCUGCUUGCUGCGAAAGCAUUGAGGUCUGAAUUCUUGCGUUUACCACUACGAUUUUUCGGUCUCAUUUUCCUAGCUGCCGUGGGCAUUUGGUUCCCAGUCGAGUUCAUCGGAGGCCACACCCACCCAUUUUACAUGUUUCCACCGCUUCAUGUCGUUUUGUUCGUAUUCCCGAUUUUGGAACUUGCUGACACGACCAUCUUUGCAGUGGAAAAUCUGUCGCAAGCAAACACUAAGGCCGUUCGCAUGACUCCCACAGACCUGAUGAAACUUCGUUUGAACACCGCGUGGGGAGUUUGCCUUCUCAGAGACGCUGCGGCUUUCCUCUACAUGACGCUGUUCCACUCGAUUCUGGUCGUCAGUGGACAAUUUCUGGCCGUAACUUACCUUACCUUACUGUGGAUUCCAACAUUGACUACUCGGAUAACUAUUUACGGGUAGUCAGUCGCUAUCUCGUGGCAGGGAUCCUGAGUGAUUUGCUUCCCCUUAAAUGCAAGAGGAAACCAAGAGCGAACCUCAGCAAACCACUCAGCCACGGAUAGCAAUGGACUACCUUUAGACUAUCGUCGCGUGGUAUGUCGAUCACUGCGCGGACGCUCGAACUCCAACAAAACGCGCGUCAGCUUUGUGCGCUCUUGUCGCAGCACCAGCAUGGCUCAUAACGGUAGCCGCUCUUAUUGGUCUUUUGGAUUCUGCCUUUCCGCUUCUGCGUCGCAUGCCACCUACCCUGUCAGCGAAUCUUCUGUGGAUAGUGCUAAUUUCACUGGCCGUCUUUCUGGCUUUCUUCUUUGUAUUGCGUCCCUCAAUCACAUUCAUAGUGGAAGGACCAACUAAACCAGCUUCUCUUAUGUAAUUGAUUGUGCAAAGCCGUCUUGAGGUUGGAUUUUCUCGAAGCCAUUCACUAGUAGGGCACGCAUGGGAAAAUAAACACACCAGGAAUAAAGAUGACUUUUCACAACGGAUUUAGCUACUGGACUCUAACUCUCGUUCUGUCACUACCAGCACGACUACUCUUCCAAGCAGCGUGCAUCACUUUCUGAGUAAAACUUGUUUUUUCCUUGUAAUACUGUCUCUCGUUUUCUACUUACCGGGUUUUCGCGACGACUUCACGUCUGAUCGACCUUUCCUUGCGUUCGCCUACCACACGGAACAUCGUUUCUGCAAACCUGCGUCAACAGCAAGAACGACGCAAUCACCUUCCUCUCGUACCGCUUCUAAGACCGCCGGAUCCCCUCGAGAGGUAGUAGAGGUUUCCUCUUGGGCUUGUGCGGUCAGAGCGCACAGCACGCAGACGGGCGAUUCGGCAACGUUGCAACAGCAAACGAGCGAUGGGCCAGAUGUAACCUACGCCAACGGGAUUAUAUUAGGCGCUUUUUCUAGAGGCGGGAUGGACAGACCGGGCAUGCAAUUCGCAGGAAGUUUGAAGGGCUUGCCGCCUUAUCUGCAAAAUACGGAUACAGCUACAAAGGAACGAAAAGGAGGAUUGCCUGCUCGCCUUUCGUGGGGCGCGACUCCUCACUAUUUUCCGAUCUACCAGUGGCUUCCGCGAGAUGUGGACGAUACUUUGCCGUACAUCCCCUUGUCAUUGCGAGAAGGAGGAGCGGAUCGCCUUACCUGGAGAAAUACAGACGACGGAAGUACCGUUCAUUCCGAUGUGACAAGUGCUGGAGAGGAGUCAAGGCCGAGGCCAAUGAGGAUUGAGCUGCGAUGGGAACGAAUCAACUACUUGCGACGUGCAGAGUUGCAGGGCGAGGAAGAUGAAAAAAAAGAUGGAGAUGCCAAGAUUGUCUGCUUUCGAUCUGGUCACGUCGUGACCUCAGAUUCCGUAAAGGAUGGUUGUACUAGUGGAGUUGGAUUCUAUCGCACCCGUCAAAACGACGAGGUCGCCUUUGCAACAACAUCGCCUCGUAUGCUGACGGAGAAUAACAAGGGAGUUGAGCUAGAGGUAGAAAAAGAUGGGGAAUACACCGACGUUUUACGCACGCACUUGCGUGUCUCCUGUGACGAUGGCGCAAAUAUUCGAGCGGUUAUACCCGCGAAAAACCUCGUUAACUGGUCUUUCUCUCAAGAUCAGGUCUUGCCAGGAAUACUGCAUCCAGUGUCGCGCCGACGCCUGCCGCCUCCGCGCUCUGACUGCGAUUGUCAUUGGGUCCAGCACGUUCAGGGAGGACAUUGGAAAGAUGGAGAGGGUGAAGCAAAUGGAGCAGAGAUGAAUGAACGAAAUACCUCACCGGGUACCUUGUCUUCUUCUACGAAGCCCUUCACAUCUUCUACAAGUACUCGAAACAGCGUCGAUUCGCGUUGGAGAAUAUUUGAAUUUUGGGUGGACGGGGAUAUCGAGAGUUUUGAGCUGCUCUGCGUAAGAUCCGACUACAUGACAGACGCAGCGUGGACGCGAAUAGCCAAUCGCAUCCCGCCAUGGGCAUCCGUCACAUAUGCGCCAACUGAAUACGUACACAUACACAACGUAGUUCAAAACGCAACAAACCAGCACUAAACACGAAGCGUAUAAAUAAUGGGUGCGAUUGACUUUUGAAACAAAUGUCCCACUGCUGAUAUCUUUCAACUGCGACAUGAAAAAAUAUACUAAAACUGAAACGAGCUCUAAUGUUUUCAAUGCAUCGUCGACGAGCCAGCAGAUCUACUUUUUUCUGUCAUUCGACCUCCACGCAAGGAAUAGUACGAUCAACAAAAAGCAUAGCAUCAAUCUUCAAAGAGCAGGAUCUGAAAUUCAUAAUCGUCUAAAAAUGUAUCUAUCUCAGAGGAGUUUGUAGCACGUAUGGUGCAUGGAGCAGCAUGGAGUGCAUGGAGCAGACACAGCAUCGCGACGC